CUGGAAGACUGAACACAUGAUGCUCUGGGCAGUCUACUGGUGCAGCAACUGAACAAAAAGACAUACGAUUUUACAUGAGCCAUUCUGGAUUGCAAUAAAAAUGUGUGAAAAGGUUAAACUUUACUACUUCAAUGGAAGAGGCAAAAUGGAGUCCAUACGCUGGUUGUUAGCCGCAGUGGGAGCUGAGUUUGAAGAAGUGUUUUUAGAAACCAGGGAACAAUAUGAAGCAUUAAGUGAUAAAGCUUUGCCAUUUUGUCAGGUGCCAAUGGCUGAAAUUGAUGGAAUGAAGUUGGUCUAUAAUAAAGCUAUUCUACAAUACAUUGCUGGAAAACACAAUCUUUAUGGGAAGGACCUAAAGGAAAGAGCCUUGAUUGAGAUAUAUGCAGAAGGAACUAAUGGCCUGAUGGAGAUCAUUAUGAGCUACCCAUUUCUGCCGCCUGAAGAAAAAGAGACGCAUAUUGAUGUCAUUGUAGAGAAGGCUAAAAAGGAAUACUUCCCUUUCUAUGAAAAGGUUUUAAGAGAUCAUGGUGAGAACUUUCUUGUUGGAAAUCAGUUCAGCUUGGCAGAUGUGCAGCUGCUGGAGGCUAUCUUAAUGGUGGAGGAGCAUUCUCCUGAUGUCCUUUCUGACUUUCCCAAGCUACAGGACUUUAAAGAAGGAAUAAGUGAUAUCCCUACAAUCAAAUCAUUUCUGCAACCGGGCAGUCAAAGGAAACCUCCUCCAGAUGACAAAUAUGUGGAGAGUGUGAAGAGUGUUAUGCACAUGUACAAUAAAAUUGCUUUUAAUUAGCUAUACAUUAUAGUUCUUGUUCAGUGAACACGAGUUAAUGCAGCAAAUACAAAAACCGUCUCGGUUUAGCACUCUGUUAGCACUUCUUACUGUGAAAUACUGGAAGCUGGUUCUGCUGGAAAGAUCCAAUAAAAUUUUGUCUACAUAUGUAAAUGUA